UCAGAGAUAUUAGAUCAGGACUGUUCACUGAAGCUGCUGAACUCUGAGUUUAGAUGUUUCUAAAUGUUUGUGUCUUUAAACAAAGUCAAACCACAUCUGAACUUUUCUGAUUAUGUUUCACUUCAUGUUUCUGACCCCUCCCUCCCUCCUCCAAUUCCUGUUUAAAGUUUAGUUUCGUUUUCACCGAUCAUCGUGGCGCAGUUUGUUUUCUCCGUCUGAAGCAUGAGUGAUGAGGACAGAGAGGAGGGAGUCCCUCCCUCUAAAACCACUCUGUGUGGGGAACAUGAGAGCCAGACCAAAGCUCAGAGCCCAGAGCAGCAGCACUCACCACACUCUGCUGGACCUGGACCUGGACCUGGACCUGGACCUGGAUCUGAACCUGAACCCAGCUGUGUGUCCAUGAAGAGAGACCGAUCAGCAUCUCCUUCUCUUCUUUCAGAUUUCAGACAAUCUGUUGAUGGAAGGAUCCAGCAGCAGAGACCAGACUCUCCUGGACCCAGCUGUCUGUCUUUAAAGAGCAACGAGUCAAAGAAAGGCUUCAUUAACUUUAAAGGUGGACGUCCAUCAGCUGAUCAGAUAGUGGACCAGGAGAGCUCAGAGGUUCCCAGUGGUCAGUCUGCCCAGCAGCAUCAAACACACCUGGACUCCAUAUUUAUGCUGCUGGAGGAGAACAUCGUCACUUUUGUGAAGAAGGAGCUGAAGAAGAUGCAGAAGGUUCUGAGUCCAGAUUACCCAGAAUGCUUAGAGAGUCAGAGGGAGGAUGAGGAGGUGUUGGACGGUGAGGAUGAAGAGCAGAGGAGGAGCAGCAGAGAGGAGUUUCUGAAGAUCACAGUGAACUUCCUGAGGAGAAUGAAGCAGGAGGAGCUGGCUGACUGUCUGCAGAGCAAAUCUCCUGCUAUGUGCCAGCACAACCUCAAAUCUAACCUGAAGAAGAAGUUCCAGUGUUUGUUUGAGGGGAUCUCUAAAGCAGGAAACCCAACCUUUCUGAAUCAGAUCUACACAGAGCUCUACAUCACAGAGGGAGGGACUGGAGAGGUCAGUGAUGAACAUGAGGUCAGACAGAUGGAAACAACAUCCAGGAAACCAGACAGACCAGAAACAACCAUCAGACAAGAAGACAUCUUUAAAGCCUCACCUGGAAGAGAUGAACCAAUCAGAACAGUGAUGACAAAGGGAGUGGCUGGCAUUGGGAAAACAGUCUUAACACAGAAGUUCACUCUGGACUGGGCUGAAGACAAAGCCAACCAGGACAUACACUUCACAUUUCCAUUCACUUUCAGAGAGCUGAAUGUGCUGAAAGAGAAAAAGUUGAGCUUGGUGGAACUUGUUCAUCACUUCUUUACUGAAACCAAAGAAGCAGGAAUCUGCAGGUUUGAAGAGUUCCAGGUUGUGUUCAUCUUUGACGGUCUGGAUGAGUGUCGACUUCCUCUGGACUUCCACAACACUGAGAUCCUGACUGAUGUUACAGAGUCCACCUCAGUGGACGUGCUGCUGACAAACCUCAUCAGGGGGAAACUGCUUCCCUCUGCUCGCCUCUGGAUAACCACACGACCUGCAGCAGCCAAUCAGAUCCCUCCUGAGUGUGUUGACAUGGUGACAGAGGUCAGAGGGUUCACUGACCCACAGAAGGAGGAGUACUUCAGGAAGAGGUUCAGAGAUGAGGAUCAGGCCAGCAGGAUCAUCUCCCACAUCAAGACCUCACGAAGCCUCCACAUCAUGUGCCACAUCCCAGUCUUCUGCUGGAUCACUGCUACAGUUCUGGAGGAUGUGUUGAAAACCAGAGAGGGAGGAGAGCUGCCCAAGACCCUGACUCAGAUGUACAUCCACUUCCUGGUGGUUCAGACCAAACUGAAGAACAUCAAGUAUGAUGGAGGAUCUGGGACAGAUCCACACUGGAGUCCAGAGACCAGGAAGAUGAUUAAGUCUCUGGGAAAACUGGCUUUUGAUCAGCUGCAGAAAGGAAACCUGAUCUUCUAUGAAUCAGACCUGACAGAGUGUGGCAUCGAUAUCAGAGCAGCCUCAGUGUACUCAGGAGUGUUCACACAGAUCUUUAUAGAGGAGAGAGGACUGUACCAGGACAAGGUGUUCUGCUUCGUCCAUCUGAGUGUUCAGGAGUUUCUGGCUGCUCUUCAUGUCCAUCUGACCUUCAUCAACUCUGGAGUCAAUCUGCUGUCAGAAGAACAACCAACCUCCCAGAAGUCUAAAAGAAGAAAAUAUGAAUCUGCAGAGACACAGUUCUACCAGAGAGCUGUGGACAAGGCCUUACAGAGUCCAAAUGGACACCUGGACCUGUUCCUCCGCUUCCUCCUGGGUCUUUCACUGGAGACCAAUCAGAGUCUCCUACAAGGUCUGCUGACUCAGACAGGAAGUGGUUCAGAGACCAAUCAGGAAACAGUCCAGUACAUCAAGAAGAAGGUUGAAGAGACUCCCUCUGCAGAGAAAAGCAUCAACCUGUUCCACUGUCUGAAUGAACUGAAUGAUCGUUCUCUAGUGGAGGAGAUCCAACAGUCCCUGAGUUCAGGACGUCUCUCCACAGAUAAACUGUCUCCUGCUCAAUGGUCAGCUCUGGGCUUCAUCUUACUGUCAUCAGAAAAAGAUCUGGACGUGUUUGACCUGAAGAAAUACUCUGCUUCAGAGGAGGCUCUUCUGAGGCUGCUGCCAGUGGUCAAAGCCUCUAACAAAGCUCUACUGAGUGGCUGUAACCUCUCAGAGAGAAGCUGUGAAGCUCUGUCCUCAGUUCUCAGCUCCCAGUCCUCUAGUCUGAGAGGUCUGGACCUGAGUGACAAUGACCUGAAGGAUUCAGGACUGAAGACUCUGUCUGUUGGACUGAAGAGUCCACACUGUUCACUGAAGACUCUCAGUCUGUCAGGCUGUCUGAUCACAGAGGAAGGCUGUGCUUCUCUGGUCUCAGCUCUGAGCUCCAACCCCUCCCAUCUGAGAGAGCUGGACCUGAGCUACAAUCAUCCAGGAGACUCAGGAGUGAAGCUGCUGUCUGCUGGACUGGAGGAUCCAGACUGGAGACUGGACACUCUCAGGGUGGAGCCUGGUGGAGUCCGAUGGUUGAGACCAGGUCUGAGGAAGUAUUCCUGUCAACUCACAAUCGACACAAACACAGUGAACACAAAGAUCAAACUGUCUGACAACAACAGGAAGGUGAUAUAUGUGGAGGAGGAUCAGUCAUAUCCUGAUCAUCCAGACAGAUUUGACUUCUGGCCUCAGCUGCUGUGUAGAACUGGUCUGACUGGUCGCUGUUACUGGGAGGUCGAGUGGAAAGGAGAGGUUUAUGUAACAUUGAGUUACAGAGGAAUCAGAAGGAAAGGGGACAGAGAAUAUCAUAAGUUUGGAAGGAACGAUCAGUCCUGGAGUCUGUUCUGUUCUGAUGUUUAUGGUUACUCUGUCAGUCACAAUAACACAGAAAAGUAUGUCACCUCCUCCUCCUCCUCCUCUGUCUCUAACAGAGUAGCAGUGUAUGUGGACUGUCCUGCUGGCUCUCUGUCCUUCUGCAGAGUCUCCUCUGACUCUCUGCUCCACCUCCACACCUUCAACACCACAUUCACUGAACCUCUGUAUCCUGGGUUUGGGUUCUGGCGGUCUGGUUCCUCAUUGUCUCUGUGUUCAGUGUAGCAGAGUCUCCUCCUGUCAGAGAAACUUUCUCUCUGUUGAACAGAGAGUUCAGUCUGUUCAUGUCUGUGAAUAUUUGUCUUUUCUUAAUUUUCAGAUCAGUGUAUUAAAUCAGUCCAGCCCUUUAAAUGAAGGAUGUUAGGAUUAUUGCAGGAUAAAAAUGUUGUUGACUUUUACUGUGUUUCAUCUGUUCAGAUCAGAUUCAACCUUUGACCUUUGACCAAUGGAUGUAACUUUAGGAUGUUUAGAUCUUUGAUUACUGUCAUCUGACUCCACCCAGAGGCCCAGACUUUGAUUAUUUAUAAGCCAAUCACAGCGUCCCACAUCAUCUAAAGUGGACAGCAGUAGAGUAGAAGUAGAACCACAAACCCUUUGUCAGGAAACAUGGCUGACCAUGAGGCGAGAGGGAAGUUUAAGGCACAUUUUAAUCUGUUAAUCAAAUUGUUAAUGUACAUAUUUUUUGUUUAAACUGUGUUUAAAGUAAACAUGAGAUGUUAUAUUACUCAGAAUGUCAUAUUAAAGAUGUAUAGCUGUCAAACAAUUCAUCCAUUGGAAUGGUCAGAGGAUUUUAAUGUCACAAAUAUUCUAAUGCUACAUUGAUUAUAUACUAGAUACUCAGAAAUUGAGGAUAUUAAGAGUAGUUUUUUUUUCUUACUUUGUUAUAAUAAUAUCAAAAUAUAUAUGCAUUAUGUUUUAAAGCAUCACUUUAUUCAUUUAUUUGAGUUACUGUUCAGGUCUUUUAAGAAUAUUUAUUGACAAUUCUAUUAUUGGUCAGUUCACUUUUUGAUUGCUAAUGAUUUAUGAGUGCAUUUAGAGUAGAAAUACACCAUUACAGUAGUGUUUUUUUUUCUGAAUAGGUUAAUUCAUUCUUUUGUGUUUUCACAAUAAAAGCAUCACUGUGAAUAUCA